AUGCAAGAAGAGGAAGGGAAUUUGGAGGAACUGGUGUACUUUUAUCCACCAAGCACCACGCCACCUGCUGUAGGAAAGUACACACAGCUGAUUUCGGACCUACUGCAAAGUGUUUCCAUCGUUGAUGCACUUCCCCGUGGCGCUGCGCAGGCCGGUAUUUUAUGCCAAGACACGAAGGAAGUGCUUGAAAGUGAGAACACGGUGCUAGAGAUUGCCAUACCACGACAAGACAACUUGGUUAUUGUCGGUGAUAUUCAUGGUCAAUUUGCAGAUAUGCUCAGUAAUGUACUCUCUAUUCAGUUAAACCUCAACAACACUAAGGCAACGGACGGUCGCGGAUCACCUUCCACAGAGAUAUACAAGUUUCUAUUUCUCGGCGAUUAUGUGGACCGCGGGCCUCAAAGCCUGGAGGUCAUCACUUUAUUAUUUGCACUAAAGGUGGAAUACCCCGAGCACAUCUUCUUAUUGCGUGGCAACCACGAGGAGGCGCAGACAUCCCGCCUCUAUGGUUUCUUUCAGGAAUGCAAGUCUAAAUUAGAGGGGACGGGAGAUCGCGGGCCAGCUAGCGUGGAUAUAACGAGUAGCACAUGGCUUCAAUACAACACUGUGUUUUGUUGGUUGCCAUUAGCUGCUGUUGUGGCCUGUCCUUCAGGUAUGUUCUUCUGCACUCAUGGUGGUCUCAGCCCUCACACCUUGUCAGUUCCACUAUUGAGAUCACUCCGCCGUAAUGAGUACGGCAUGGUGGAUGAUUUUGAGGACACAUUUUAUACUCCAACAUCGAGGGGGGGCGAUGACAUGUUGGAGGGCCCUGGAGCGAAGGCUCGCCUCGUGAUAGAUGGUUUAUUGUGGUCCGAUCCGGAAGACCAAGUUAGUGGAUGUCAAAUGAAUAAUCGGGGCUGCGGUUUCAUAUUCGGGCCAGACGUCACGAGGUCUUUCCUUGACCGCAACUACAGUUAUGGAUUUCCUCCCUCGAAGAGGCAACUAAUAGGAGAGAUGAAACCUGGAAUGCAAUUCAUCCUGCGCGGUCAUCAAUGCGCCCGUGAGGGUUAUAUGUGGUGUCACGGUGGUCUCGUAUUAACUCUUUUCUCAGCCCCAAACUAUUGUGGAAUGCAUGGUAAUAAGGGGGCGGUGGCACUUCUACGAGGGCAGGUGCAAGCGGGGAAAGAUCGUGUGGAAUUGGAAUUUAACGUUUACGAUACGGUCGUGAGGGGGGGAAGUGACAAUCUCGUUGCGUGUUUGAGUCCUUUUGCCUUCGCACAUUACUUUUCAGGUGACAGUUGA